CAGCUCGUUUGUCACACCGUCGAGCAUCCUCGAUUCGAGAUGAGCGCCGUGAUCGAUUUUUUCGCUUUGGCGUUGACGAAAGAWUGCAAUUCAAAUCAUCAGAAAAAGCAAGAGAUUAAAUUCGCAAAGACCAACCAUGGAGAUAUCCGAAAAUACGACAACCAUGUUUUCCCCAAGCCCACGCCGUCGAAAAAAUACAGCCGGAAGCUGUGACAGCGAAAAUACGAUGACGAAGUUUCCAAUGAACUUGCCGUCUCCCCGUAUGCCACUGCGAGCCCUUAGUAAGAAUAGYCUCGAUGAUCUCGCAGUCAUGGCCGGUGAGGCAGAAUCUGCAAAAAAUAUCCAAACCACUGCCAGAACAGAAGGAAAUUCAACACCUUCUCCAGCCUUCUCGAAGACGAAGACACCCGGAAGGACACCAUCUUGUUCCGCCAACGGGAUAUGCGGUCGAGCACCCAAACAACAUACACCAUCUUCUGUCAUUGGCCGGACUCCAAAUGCUGGUAAAAUCUUGUCACCCUUGCCCUUGCAGCCAAGGACACUCCACACAUCGACAAGACAGAAAGUUGAAAUCGAGAUGGGUGACUCUCUUUUCCGUGACGUAAACAAUGCGACCACGAAAAUUUCUGCAGAUCAUGACGCCAACACCGGUGGCGUAUUCGAUGGCAGCUGUGGACAAAAUAGCGAAUGUGAUGACAACUUUUACGCUUUAAAAAUGAGCAAAACCUUUGACGAAGRCGAUGAAAAUUCUGUCCAGGAAGGUGAUUCCAUUGGAGGGGGCUUUGCGCUUGAUGAUUUUAAGUUUAUUCGCAAGCUYGGCUGUGGUGGGACCGCUGACGUUUACGAGGUGCUGGAUACUGCUUCCUGCGCUUUGUAUGCGCUAAAGGUUCAGAAAGCAACCGAAGACGCUCUUUGCGAGCUGGAUCUCCACAUCCCUCUGCGCCACAAAAAUAUUUGCCAGAUGGUGGACUACUUUUAUAGCGAUACCAAACCCUUCGCGCACGAGGGUUGCGAUGUUGUGUCACACGAAAAGGUAGAUGCAUCUGAUGGUAAUGCCGAGGUAUCCUAUUUGUGCACAAUUUUAGAGAUUUGUGACAACGGAGAUUUGGCACGUGCUCUUGACGAAUACGAGAUGAUACCAGAAAAAUUAGCAGCAACGGUAAGAAAGGAGCCUACAAAUGAACGAACGAACAAGAAUUAGAUUUUAUUCCACCCAUCAAGCUAAUUUUUCGUUUUCAUAUUUCUUCUCGUAUUGAUAUCAUCAAUUACUAGUAUGUGAUGGAUAUAAUUAAUGCAUUAACAUACCUGCAUUCAAGAGACAUGAUCCACUGCGAUAUUAAGCCUGCGAAUUGUCUGUUGGAUGGCAAUGGCAAAGAAGCAAUCGUCAAGCUUGCUGAUUUCGGCAUGGCCGUAACAGCUGAUGCGAAAGAGAUUGUUGGUGGAAGCCCCGUCUAUAUGGCACCAGAGCAUCUAUUGGCCUGGCGGGACAUGACGGACAAUUUCGAUCACACGACCGACAUCUAUAGCCUUGGUGUUGUAUUAUACGAAUUAUUGUUGGGUUACUUACCAUACGAGGUUCUGGAAGCGGAACAGAAGGUGCAACAGAUUGACGAGAGUAGCGGAGAUAGUGUCGAGUCCAUAACAAAGUCCCUCAUGGCUGCAUCAGUUACAAACGGCGACACAAUCAAUAAUUCAAUCGAUUGCGGCUAUCCUGUGCUAGACUUGCGCAAACUCAACGAUGCAUCCUCGGACAAACCAUUCUAUAUCCCCCCACCAAUUUUUAUCGAAGAGAUUUCGGAUGAGGCUCAAGAUUUGAUACUUCGUUUAAUGGAACCGACUGCAUCAAAGCGGAUUACAUUGGAAGAAGCAAAAGAUCAUGAGUGGUUCAAGAAGUUUUUAUAGAGCAGCAAACGCGCUCUUCAAAAUCUAAUCGAUUUACGUGAGAAAUGCCGGCGAGAUAUCCUUGAAUGCCUGCACGGUGAAUCAUACCAAUGUAUAUUAAUUACGAU